CUUACACAGACGGACAUUCUUAGCAUGCGCGGCCCAAUCUGUCCACCGUUUAUGAUGCUCAAAUAAAACCGAGAUCUGCUCCACUCCGCCUUCUCUCCCUUCCCGUCGGCCGUCACUUCCAUCGCUCGCCGGUCUUCGGAAGGCGUCGUUCAAGAAGUUGGGGAAAAAGCAAAACCUAGCGGUCUAGGGGAAAGAGGAGGAGGUGAAAAAAAUGGCCAGAGCUGGGGGGAUAACGAACGCGGUAAACGUGGGAAUAGCGGUGCAGGCGGACUGGGAGAACCGCGAAUUCAUCUCUAACAUCUCCCUCAAUGUCCGCCGCCUCUUUGACUUCCUCGUCCAAUUCGAGGCGACAACGAAGAGUAAACUGGCCUCUCUCAACGAGAAGCUCGAUACCUUGGAGCGCCGGCUAGAGCUGCUCGAAGUUCAAGUCAGCACGGCCACCGCGAAUCCUGCUCUCUUCAACACAUGAUCAAGAAUCAUAUUCCCACUGAUGGAUUUGUACUGUAAGGUUCAGAGCUAUUCAUUUCUGCCCUCUUAUGUAUCUAUAUGUUCAUCCUAGGCGAGAAUUAGUUAGGUGUUGUAGAAAUGAAGUGUUUUUGUUUUCUUCUAAUAAAUUGUCAUUGAAUCUGUUGUUCUGUUAGAGGAAACCAUUCAUGAUUCAUGGACUCACAGUGCAGGAGUUUCUUCCAUGAAUAUGAAGUAAAACAAAGGAUUUCCUUAUCCCAUUUCUCAUUGUACAUGUUUGACGCAUAAAGCCAUAUGAUUUCC